CGUCGCGGGAUAAUGACGUCAAGCCCCGCGAAGAAGCAGAAUCGCAACUCGCGCGCAGAGGAAACGAAGGAGUGUAAAACUUGAUCAAACCGUGUUGACAUGGCUCGAGAUUUCAAACCUGGAGAUCUUAUAUUCGCUAAAAUGAAGGGCUAUCCACACUGGCCCGCGAGGAUCGACGAGCUUCCGGAUGGAGCUGUCAAACCAUCCAACGCAAAGUUUCCAAUCUUCUUCUUCGGCACUCACGAGACUGCAUUUCUGGGCCCUAAAGACAUCUUUCCUUAUUUACCCAACAAAGACAAAUAUGGCAAACCCAACAAGAGAAAAGGUUUCAACGAAGGUCUGUGGGAGAUUGAAAACAACCCUAAAGCGGAACUGGACGGACCUAAAGUCAUGCACACCGAAGCUGCUUCAGAUAACGAGCAGAGCGGCUGUGAUGUGGACAAAACUCAGGAGAAGAAGAGAAAGCAACCCGAAGACACCACAGAUGACACGAGAGGGAAAAAGAAAAAGGUUGGAGAUGAUCAUGAUUCAGACACUGAAAACACGAGCCCUGUUUCAAGCCCUUCUGCUGGACAAAUCCCAUCCCAAAAACGCAGAGGAAGAAAACCCAAAAGCAUGCUGCUGCUCCAACAACAACAAACAUCAAAGGAGCCACAAGGGGGCCUGACCAACAUUCAGACCUUAGAUGAAGAAGAGAACAAGAAGACAGAGAGGAGGAAGAAGAAGGACGACAGUAAGGAUGAUAAAAAGGAUCCAGAAGGAAAGAAGAAGAAGCACGACAGCUCUUCAGAGUCCGACAAAGAAACCAAGCAAGUUGCAUUGGAGCCACCCGUAGAAACAGACAAACCAGACCAGCAGAAAGAUUUAGGAAAAGAUGUAAAGAAAGCAGACAAAAGAAAGGAAGUAUCUACAGAGUCCAAAAUUCUUAAGUUACACGCCGAGAUCAAGAUAUCUUUAAAACUGAAUAACCCUGAUGUAAAGAAAUGUCUGUCUGUGCUGGAUGAGCUGAGCUCGCUGCAGGUCACAACACAACAUCUUCAGAAACACUGCGAGCUCAUAGCCACGCUGAAGAAGAUCCGGAGGUUCAAGGCCAGCCAGGACGUGAUGGACAAAGCUGCAAUGCUGUAUAAUAAGUUCAAGAGCAUGUUCCUGAUGGGAGAAGGAGAAGCGGCGCUCAGCCACGUGUUGAAUAAAAGUCUUGCUGAACAGAGACAAUUCGAAGACGCCAAAAAGGGAUCGAUGAGAAAAACAGAAGAACCCAAAGAGCAAAGCGACAACAACUCCAAUCCUGAGAAGGAUGCUGUGGAAGAGAAAUCCGGAGAGGAUUCCCCGUCUCUGGAUAAAAACAAUGAGAGCAUAGAUAUGUCAUAAUAACACAGAAGCUGUUCAUUUGAUUUUUUUUACCUUUUUAUGUCUGUCCAAGGUGUAAACAUUUUUAAAGUCACCUGACCACUGGAUGUUUCAUGUUUUUUUUUUAUAUUUGCACACCCAAGUGUCUUUUUUUU